AUGUUUAAGCCGCUACAGCAGCCGGUGUUCCUGCAGACAACUACUGCUCAGGUCAUCACCGGAAUAUUUGUAUGGACUGCGCUGUUCAUCACUUGUCAACAGAUCUACCAGCACUUGCGCUGGUACACGAACCCGUCGGAGCAGCGUUGGAUAGUGCGAAUCCUGUUCAUCGUGCCGAUCUACGGCUGCUACAGCUGGAUAUCUUUGCUGUUCUUCAAUGGCGAUUCGUAUUACGUCUACUUCUUCACCGUCAGAGACUGCUAUGAAGCCUUCGUGAUCUACAGCUUCCUCUCGCUCUGCUACGAGUACCUAGGCGGCGAGGGGAACAUCAUGUCCGAGCUGCGCGGCCGGCCGGUGCGCGCCUCCUGCGUGAACGGCACCUGCUGCCUCUCGGGCGCCACAUACACCAUCGGCUUCCUGCGCUUCUGCAAGCAGGCCACCCUGCAGUUCUGCCUGAUUAAGCCCGUCUGCGCGUUCAUCAUCAUCUUCCUGCAGUCCGCCGGCCACUACCACGACGGCGACUGGAGUCCUAACGGCGGCUACAUCUACAUCACCAUCGUGUAUAACUUCUCGGUCAGUCUCGCCCUCUACGGCCUCUUCCUCUUCCUCGGCGCCACCAGGGAGAUGCUGAAGCCCUUCGACCCCGUGUUGAAGUUCUUCACCGUGAAGUCUGUCAUCUUCCUUUCGUUCUGGCAAGGCGUGGCGCUCGCGAUCCUCGAGAAGGCGGAGGUGAUAUCGCCGAUAGUGGACGCGAACGGCGUGCCCACCACGGCGGGUACCGUCUCCGCCGGCUACCAGAACUUCCUCAUCUGCAUCGAGAUGCUGGCGGCGGCGGUGGCGCUCCGCUACGCGUUCCCCGCCGCCGUGUACGCGCACGCGCACCGCGACCCCCACCGCUCCGUCACCAUGCAGUCCAUCUCGAGCAGCCUCAAGGAGACAAUGAACCCGAAGGACAUCAUGACAGACGCUUUCCACAAUUUCCACCCGCAGUACCAACAGUACACGCAAUACAGUUCUGAUGUCACAUCUCACCUGCCUUAUGAGAAAUUA